GAGGAAAGCAGCGAAAGGAGAAGAGGCCCAACGGCCAUGGCUUCGGUCAAAGAGGUGGUGGUGCCCAAUCCCGCCCAGUCCGCUGGUGCAAGCACCAGCGACACCGUCAGCCCCAGCGCAUACACGAGGCAAGUCGUGGAGGUGACGCCAGAGUUCACCUCGGUCACCAACAGCCGCGAGCGCUUCGUUGUGGUUGCGAUGAGCGCCUUGCUCCUGCUAAUCAGCUGUACGCUCUUCGCCGUCCUCUUCACGCUGCUCUCAGACGACAGAACGCCGGCUAAGUCCCUGGAGACGAUAAUGAUGUACACCGGGCGUUCAUUCUUUCCAAAGGGUGGUCCAUUCGUGAUAUAUGAGCGAAGGUCCUACAUUCCCAUGAUUAAAGAGCGAAAAAAAAAGUGGAAUAUGUGGAACUAUGAAUAUCUGCACUCAUUUAGGCUGGCUGCUCGACCGAAACCCAACUGCCCGACACACAAGGGCUUCGCCAUGGUCAUCCCCAAUGCUGAUUGGUAUGCCCUGACUAUGGCCAAGAUUGCAACUCAAGCUGAACGUGAGAGCGGAGAGGACUCCAAGAGCCACGGAGCCCUGGAGUCUACACGCCCCGACCAUUAG